AUGCUAAUUCUGAAUGGAAUGAUAGACACGCGGGAGAAACCUUUCUCUUGUCGAUAUUGUUCGCGGAAAUACGCCCGCCGAGACCUGGUUUUGCGACAUGAAAAAACCUUACACAAAGACAAAUACACGAAGCGAAUAAUUGGCGCGGAUAGGAAUUUAAAUUCAACUUCGGAAAUCGUCUCUGGAGCUAACGACUUCGUUGCGAGCGAAGAAUCACCCCCGUCUCCCAGUACACAUACAUCGCGGCCGCAAGAUUCUGCCUCAUUGGAUGGGAAUAAUCCUAAGAACCUGACACAGCCGUCAACCCCAAACCCCCAACAGCCUUUUCCAGAUACUUCCUUAAUGGAUGAUUUGGCCACGCUCAAUAGACUGCAAAGCACGUCUCCUCGGCAAAUUACGACUGAUAUAUUCGCCACAACGGAAGAGUACGCUAUGCAGGAGAAGGCCUUUCAAGAGUACGGGCUAGGUUACUCUCAGUCAGCAGGCCCGCAGCCUGAAUGUGCAUUAAGCGAAGGUUUAAACGAGCCGAGCCCCUACUGGGCGCUGCUAGAUAUUCCCCCUCCACCUAACAUUAAUGGUGGACUUGACUUUGGCCUAGGGCCACGACUCUCUCGGAGUGCAUUUCGUGUGAACAAAGAAAGUCAUUUCCCAGUCUUAGCUGCAGGAAUAUCUCCACCGCCUGAAGAUGGUUUGCCUAACGAUCAGAAUGCCUCUAUUCCUACCGUGGUCAUGCGCGAUUGCCCUAGACUCAAGCCUGCCAUGAUUACGGAUGGUAUGCGACAGAAUCUAAUAUCCAAUCUUCUAGCCAUGGGCUGUGAUACAGAGAUAACAACGAAAAUACCGUCGUCGACAGUGCUCCAGAACUGUCAGCUAGACAGCCCGCUCACUCUCGCCAUGUGUGCUAUUGGGGCGCUGUACCGACUAGACCGCAGGCUAUCGGCAUUUCUCUUCCUCACAGCAGAGCGAGCUGUUACUAUGUUCUCAUUUCAGAGAGAUGGCGACUCGGCGAGCCCAUCUUUCGAAACACAAGAUCUCGAAACGUUGGGUAAGCAGCCCAUGGGAAACUUCAAGCCUAUUUGGGAGCUACAAACAAGAGUCCUUCUUGUGUUUAUUGCUACGCUUGGUGGAAAACCAACAUUUAGCCGGAAGGCAGUCGACGGUAUUGGCCUUCUUGCUUGCGAAUAUCGAAUUUUGGCAUCUCGCCUACAGCGUGAUACAUGGCACACUGAUGUGUCCUGGCACCGCUGGGUUGACAGAGAGUCCAGGAAACGAGUGCUAUAUGCAAUUCUCAGGAUUAGUAAUAUCCUCAAUUUCACAUAUGGUGUUCCGCCUAUUACUUCUGUCAUCCAGGAGUAUGAUAUUGACAUGCCAGAUGCUGAUGAACUAUGGCAUGCGCCGACCGAGAUUGACUGGACACUUGCCAUCCAGGGGAGACACCGGGACAAAUUACCAAGCUUGCGAAGCGCUGUUUCCCAACUGUUGUAUGGGGAAGCUCCGCCAACCGUCUAUGGGUUGGAUCAGUGGUCGCCAUACGCCGUGAGCAUCGUUAUGCAUGCUGUUUCCAUACACACAUGGAACUUGAUCCAAAGCACCGAGACCUUGACAGGGGUAACGCUAAACUUACAUGGAGCUGAGGCCAUCCGAUCUUUGCUCACCUCAAACAUCGAGAUUGGCUUAGCUCGGUGCUAUUUGAUGAUUUCCAAAGCCCGUACUACCAAUGAGUUGACGUGGAAUGAAGCCGAAGGUCCUCUACUCUUCAACAGCUUAUCCCUGCUCCGAGGUGUUCAUGUCCGGGUACUUACUGGAAUCUGCGGGCUUGACCGCAUGGUUUUGCUUAAUGAUGUUGAGGAAGAUGUUACUAUGGCCGUAACAAACUACGUCACUUCAAGUUCGACAAGGGAUAGAGCUUCUAUCAAAUCCGUCCACUCAUUAUUUGACAACAUUAUGACGAUUCUUAAACUUGACGCAAACAUCCUGCGUAAAACGGCUGCCUUCAACUGGAGUGUCGAGCAUGCAAUUGUCGGAAUUGAUUGUGCAAUCUUUUUAAGCAACUGCAUACAAAAGAUUCAGCUUGCACGACAAGGUAAUGAGCACAUUGAUACCGCGGAGUUGGACCUUCUGGAGGCAGCAAAAAGCAUCUUGGUGGAUACAGCGUAUGUUAUUGAGGGGCAAAUAUCCCUUGCUGCAGGCAUCCUACGAAUGUGGAAACAAUUCUACGACGAUGUUUGGGUCUGGGGAGUCACACCCCGGAUUGCGAGCUUAUUCGAGAAACUGGCAUGCGCGUAUGACUCACAGCUCAGUUCAGCCGGUGAAGCUGAUUUGAUGCAAUUACAAUGA